UUCAUAUGGCGUGAAUCAAAAAUGUGAAUGUUUUGAAAUAACACUUUUGUGUAUCUUAGUCAAGAUUAGUCAAGAUAAACACAUUUGUGAAUAGUCCUUAUUGGCGAGCAAAUGAUGCUAGACAUCAUGGCAGCGGCGACUGAAGGAGUUGAUCGCUGCAUCCAAGAUGACAGUUCUUCCACUGUGUCGGAGGUCAGCUCGCCACAUGAACAGUCUUCCCAAUCUAAAGCAAAGAAAAAGAAGAAAUCUGGAAAGAAAAAUACAACUGGUCUCUCUGAUGCACCCCAAGAGACAAGUGCAAAUGAAGGGAAUCAAGCAGGCGAGAAUACAGAGCUGAGCUCAGAAGAGCAGUUUAAAAGGCAAUUGGACUGGUGUAUUGAACAGCUGGAGCUGGGAAUGAAGUCACAGAAGGCCACUUCCAAGCAGAAAGAGGACGCGUCUCAUGCAUCUAAAACACUGCGCAGCUCCAAAGCUCCUCUGGUCAAGAAGAGGCAGGUGAUGAGGGCCAUGGCAGGAGACUACAGGAAAAAAAUGGAAGAAGAGAAACGCAAGCAGUUCAAACUCAUGCAGAAUGAACGGACAUCUGCUCAGGUCAAAGUAAAGUCAGAGUCACCCAAAAAAUCAUUGUUUUAUCGAAGAGCUGAAACCAAAGAGACGUGCGCUGCGUCAAAAGAGGAGUUUCGCUUCAAUUUUUUGUAAUUUUGUAGGAAUGUUGAAUAUUAAUAGUUUAAAUGUUGUGAACUGCUUAAAAAAAAGUGAGUGGAGCUAAUAACUGAAAACCAAAAACACACUUGUAUGUAUUAACGUUUUUAAUAAACACCAUCAUUGUUGUUAAUGCUCUUA